CCGCUGUAAAAUCACGCUGCACGCGGCAGUGAAUAUUCUUCGGUUUGAAUUUUCACUCGAUCUUUUUUUUUUUAACAUCGUGCUUUUAUUAUUCAGUGCAAUGAGCGUGGUGCACAGGCACCGGAAAAUCCAUGCGGAAUUUUCAUCCUCGUGGGGUGUGUUUAACUGUUAACACGUGGUGACGAGUGGAAUGCUCAGGAUGCCCUGGUUUUUAAUUUAUUCUCGUGAAAAUUUUGGCUGCACGUGAUGUCAACUCCCCCUGAGAUAGAAUUUAUGAUACCAUUUAGGGGAGUCAUUAAUCUCAACCCAAGACUUUCUGCUAUUUUGCCCACUUUUUUCAAGUUUCAACGAUUCCAAAAACAAGGAAAAACUACUCCCUCCUCGUUUAUAAGAUAAUUGCAUAAAUGUUCGGUUCUUGCUCAAGAUUUUUAAUUUAUUCCGAAGCGAGCGCAUGUACUUGGCUGCAUGACAAUUUACAGCUGUCAGUUGUCUCUGGUCUCUCUUCUAGUUAACAAUACGAUCUAUGCAGCAUGAGGUCAGCGUCCCCUCGACCCCCAACCAUGUGACUUCGAUAAACCGCCAAGCUUGUAUCCCACCACCAAAGCAUCAAGAAAUUAUUAACGAUAAACCAUACUCUACGUAAAGACGGGUGGUAGCCAACAGCUUCAACGGCCAAAUGAGAAAAUAGAAAUACUUGAGGGCGAAAGGCUUGCAGCAGCUGCCGAAGCGAGCGAGAAAAUCCACGGAGUGGGAUAAAUAAUCGUAGAAGGCCGAAUGUGAAGUGAGUUUUUGAAAAAAAAAAAGUCACAGCUAGAGCGUCUCCACUCUCACUCCAAUCCAACUCAGGAGGAGAACACACGUCAUUCCCCCGACGUUUGUUGGAAGGCGAGGUUACUAACCCAGUUAUCCAGUGAGCUGUUGAAGAGUGUAGAGGUACGAUCAGUGCGAGACAAUCGGCUCAGGCCCACUGGCAUCAGUCACUGAUAGUCCAGCGAAUCAAGUGGAAUUCAUUCAUCCGCGUUGAGAUUAAAAUAAAUUCACGAUGGCGAGUGUUGACACAGAUUUGGAGGAGUUGAUGUCGCAUCUUGGUGAAUUUGGAAAAUACCAGGCAUGGCAGUACUCGUUGCACGUUCUGGCAGGAUUGACAGCUGGAUUGCACAUGUUGACGUUGUUGACAGUUGCUGCUGUACCAGGACACAAGUGUGUUGUUCCAGGUUUAAGGGAGGAAUUGGGUGGUAAUGUGACUUGGGAGACUGUGCCAGGUCCACGCAAGCUGUACACCAAUGAAACUGCAUUUGGAAAUAUCUCGGUUAUCCUGGACUCUUGUCACUACAAGGACAUUGAUAAUAACACGAGGGACUGCGAUGAGUGGGUGUACGAUACCACUUACUACAAGUCCUCGAGGGCAAUUGAGUGGAACUUGGUUUGCUCGAGGAGAUGGAAAGGUGCGUUAGCACAAUCCUCGUACAUGCUGGGAGUGUUCUUCGGGGCUGUGACACUAGGAACUCUCGCUGAUAAGUACGGUAGAAAGGUCAUCUUCUGUAUCUCAGCAACGAAUCAACUGAUACUGGGGAUGCUUGUCGCUCUGAUACCCGAAUACUCGGCCUUCUUAAUCAUGCGAUUCUUGUACGGAAUCUUCGGUUCUGCUGGCGCCUACAUCACCGGUUUUGUAUUAACCAUGGAGCUCGUCGGUCCAUCUAAGAGGACUGUGUGUGGGUUGAUGUUCCAACUGGCAUUCGCGUGUGGUUUUGUGAUUGUAGCCUUCUGGGGGGCCUUAAUUAAGGAUCGCAUGUGGUUACAAAUAGUUUAUGGCGCACACUCUGCACUUCUGAUUGGCCACUGGUGGCUGAUGGACGAGUCCCCCAGGUGGUUGUGGGCGCAGGGACGGGGAAAACAAGCAGUGGAUAUUGUUCAGAAGGCAUUGAAGAUCAAUGGCGAUCAAACGGUCUUGGAUGUUGCUAAAUACGUAUCGAAGAAUCGAGCGAAACAGGCGUCGAGGGAUUCCGCCGGCAGUUACAGCGCUGUAGAUCUGUUGAAAACCCCAAAUCUUCGAAAAAAAACACUGAACGUCUGUCUCAAUUGGUUCGCCAAUUCAAUUGUUUAUUAUGGACUGUCGUUGAGUAGUGGAGCUCUGAUGGGUAAUCCUUAUAUCAGUUUAGCUCUCAGUGGAAUUGUCGAGUUUCCGAGUUAUAUAUUCACUUGCGUUACUAUGGAUCGUCUUGGGAGAAGAUCUCUCGUCAGUUCAUUCAUGCUUAUUGGUGGCACCUGUUGUAUUGUUGCGACACUAAUUAAGGAUCUGCCCGCCUUCGUCACAGCUGCUGCCACAAUUGUACUUGUAGGGAAGGCUUGCAUAGCCAUUUCAUUUGCCGUUAUCUACAAUUACACUGCCGAAUUGUUCCCAACAGUACUGAGGAAUACAGCGUUAGGCAUUGGCUCCAUGUGCUGUCGAUUGAGUGGUGCACUAACACCGAUGCUGCUGCUCUUGGACUCACUCGAUCCAAAAGUACCAGCAGUUAUUUUUGGUGUUAUUGCUCUGAUAUCAGGAUUUCUGUCUCUUUAUUUACCGGAAACAGCCGGACAACCUAUGCCCGAGAGUCUCGAGGAUGGCGAGAAGUUUGGUGUUGGUGAUACUUGCUUUACGACUUGUCUCGGGAGAAAGAAAAACGAUGAUACUUAUGAUGUUGCACUUAAACCGAUGGCUAAGGAGGCUGAGAAGAUUAAUGGUGAUAGUCAGGAUAAGCUGAAGAAUUCUCAAUAAUCACGUAGGUUUUUUUAUUUCGACGUGGACAGCUGAUUUAUGAGGGUCUGAGGAGAUGGACAUGUACAUUGAUGGGUUUAUGUCUUGAGGUUCUGGGAGAAUCGAGUUACAACGCGGUACUAUCCACAGUGCUUAAGAAAUGAUAUCGGUGCUCUUUAUCUUAUCGGUUGUUUGAUUUACGCGAUGGUGCUUAUUACGUACGAUUUUGGGAAUGCAAAGACUGAUGGCCCUCAUUGUCACCAAUUGUUAUGUUUAUUUCAUCGCCUGUGAUUGUGUUUACGAUUUUAUUACGCAAAUUUUUGAUGGAAUGAGGACAUACUGAUGUGGUUAUUUCAAUAACUUGAAAUUCUUGGGAAAAUCGGACGGACAGUGUUUUUAUUUUUAAAUAGUAUGACAAUGCGAAUUUUACGAUGCGUGUUGGAGGAAAUAAUUUUUUUUUUCCAAUUAGUGGUCAUCACAAAAUAUUCGGGAGCAUUUCGCUCUUAAAAAUGCUCUCAGUAGUAUUCAUUACUAUAAUUUUUUUAAGAUCCAUCAUUUUUCCUAAAACCAAUUACUUUCUGUUCUUGCGAAAUCUUGAAAAAUGUGCAAGUGUUCAUCGCCAUGAUUUUUACAUUCGAGAGAAAUUCAGAAGACAAUUAUUUUUUAUAUUUAAAUGUUAUGAUAAUGUAAUCUUUACGAUGUAUAAAAAAUAUUGAAGAAUACUCUA